UUUAGAUUUUAGAACCUGUCCCAUGAAGCGCGAAGUAGCCAACCUUGUCACGGAUGGCUUCUACAGAGCAGCACUUUCCUUGUAUUCCCAUUGCCACUCAGCCUCGCUCCCUCCUAACAAAUUCACCUUUCCCCCUCUCCUCAAAGCCUGUGCCAAACUCGGGUCAGCUCUACAAGGGCAGAUGAUCCAUACCCAUCUCAUCAAAAUUGGCUUUCUUUCUGACGUUUACGCAGCCACUUCUCUCACCGACAUGUACAUGAAACUGUAUCUAUUACAUGAUGCACUCCAGGUUUUCGGUGAAAUGCCUGAAAGAAACUUGGUUUCAUUGAAUUCCUUAAUUUCGGGGUUUUCACAAAAUGGGUAUCGUAGAGAAGCAUUAUCGGUGUUUAAACAGGUGGGGUUUGGAACGUGCAGGCCUAAUUCUGGGACAAUAGCUAGUUUGAUGUCGGCGUGUGAAAGCGUUGGACGUGGCAUGGAAAUACAUUGCUGGGCGAUAAAAUUGGGAGUCGAGGCGGAUGUUUUUGUUGCAACCUCGAUUGUGACAAUGUAUUCAAAUUAUGAAGAUUUGGUUUCAGCUUCAAAGGUGUUUGAGGGGUUACCUAAUAAGAGUGUAGUUAGCUAUAAUGCUUUCAUUUCGGGACUUUUGCAGAAUGGGGUUCUACAUACGGCUUUGGACAUGUUUAAGGACAUGAGGGAAUGUUCAGUCGAAGAGCCAAACUCGGUUACUUUUAUUUCGGUUCUUUCUGCAUGUGCUAGUCUUCUGUAUCUUCGAUUCGGUAGGCAAGUGCAUGGACUCAUAAUGAAAACCGAAAUAGAAUUUGAUGCUAUGCUAGCAACGGCGCUGGUGGACUUUUACUCCAAAUGUGGAUGUUGGCAAAUGGCAUUUGAUGCUUUCAAAGAGUUUGAUGGAAGCAGAAACUUAAUAACAUGGAAUUCCAUGAUUGCCGGCAUGAUGUUGAAUGCUCAGACUGAGAACGCCGUUGAGUUAUUUGAACAGUUAGAAUCUGAAGGGCUGGUACCUGAUUCAGCAACUUGGAAUUCAAUGAUAAGCGGGUUUUCACAACUGGGGAAGGGGAUUGAAGCCAUUAAGUACUUCAAGAGAAUGAUAUCUGCUGGCGUAGUCCCAAGUUUAAAAUCUAUCACAAGUCUUUUACCGUCUUGUUCAGAUCUGUCUGCUCUGCAGUGUGGAAAAGAGAUUCAUGGGCACGCGAUUAGAACCAAUAUCAGUACUGACGAGUUCAUUGCCACUGCACUUAUUGAUAUUUACAUGAAAUGUGGUCAUUAUUUGUUGGCACAAACGAUUUUCGAUCAGUUUGAUAGAAAACCUGAUGACCCUGCGUUUUGGAAUGCUAUGAUAUCUGGUUACGGAAUAAAUGGGCAGAAUGAAUCUGCGUUUAGGAUAUUUGACCAGAUGGUAGAAGGAAAAGUACAUCCAAGUACGGCAACUUUUACAAGUGUGUUAUCUGUCUGUGGCCACACUGGCCAGGUUGAAAAGGCUUGGGAACUUUUAAGGAAGAUGAAGAUAGAUUAUGGCUUGGAACCAAAAGGAGAACACAUUGGUUGCAUAGUGGACCUUUUGGGUCGAUCUGGUCGAUUGGAUGAAGCUCAAGAAUUAAUACAAGAACUACCACAGCCUUCUGCAUCUGUUUUUGCUUCUUUACUUGGUGCUUGUAAAUGUCAUUUAGACUCAAAAGUGGGGGAAGUAAUGGCAAUAAAGCUGUCAGAAUUGGAGCCAGCAAAUCCGUCUCCUUUUGUGAUCUUGUCUAAUAUAUAUGCCGCAUGUGGAAGGUGGAAGGAUGUGGAAAGGAUUAGGGGGAUAAUCAGCGACAAAGGUUUGAGAAAGCACCCUGGCUUUAGCUUAAUAGGAGAAACAUGAAAAGUACAUACACAGUAUUGAUUGAACGACUGAAGUAGUUCCCUGGUCCCAAACCAGAUUUGUUUACAUAUCUCCACUUCCAUACAUUUUAAGGAUUCUCACACCAGAAGCAUUACUGUUUCAACAUUUCAUUCACUGCAAACCAAAAUGGUUAUCAAAAUGGCUGAGGGGUUCAUAACUGGAGCAAGAAAUCACGUCUCUGAAUAUCAUGAUGACGCCAACCACUACAUUAUCCUCUCCUGCUUCCACAUAAAUCAGGUGAACUGAUUUGGAUGCAAGACUGGAUCGCAAUACCAAGCGUUGAAUGAGUUUGCAUGUAAUUGUUGGGACGACUUCUCUGGUUUCUUGGGAGGCAAUAAUAUGCAUAGAAUCCAUCACAGUCAGCUUCGCAAAUAGAAUGCAGAGGAGAGCUGGUGCACACGAAGAUUUAAAGGCGCUGUCUUAUAACUUUCCUAAAAUAUUGGAGAAAAGCUCAGAUUUCAGCUGCAAGUAUCGGAUAUACUCCAUGCAUAUGCUCCGACUAUCUUCUUCUUUGGUCCUUCAACUACUGGAAGACCCACCAAUUUGGUUCUCAUUCAUUCUCUUGGAUUUGGGCUAGAAGAAUACUCAAGUAACAGCAAAAACCAUAUCUCAGCAGAAGACAUGUAAGGAAGCCAAAAUCAGAAAUAGGCUGCGCAGCAUUUCUGCCAAACCAGUCCCUUCCUUUAUAAUCCUCGAGACCUUGAAGGACUGCAGAUUGAGUAAUGAAGUUCUUGAUGUCCGUCUUGCCUGGUUGAAUUAGUGCUUGUUUGAAUGUUGAGAAGAGGAAAAAAGUUAGAGAAUUUUUAGAAAAAGUUUGAAGUUUUAUGAGUUUUUUUUUGGGGAAGUUGUGGAUACCACUGAAGAUAUGUUUGGAUAGCAAAACUUUG